AUGUGGGUUUCGUUGACCAUACUUGCUUUGUUUGUUCAAGUGAUAUUUGCUGGUUCUUCCGUUGUGGUUCAACUUAAUACCGGGAAUACUAUACAAGAUUUUUUAAAUCAAGCUUUAGUGACAACUUUGAAAUUACAAGCUACAACUGAUAAUACUGUCGAAAUUGGUGGGUUCAAGGCAUUUAUUGGUGAAUUUGAAGAAUCUGUUAUUGAUCAAUUGAAAGAUGACCCUAUAAUUCAAGCAAUCUUCCCAAAUGUUAAGAUCAACUUGGGUAAUGAUGAAGAUCAAGGUUCAACGCCAGAUGGUACUACCGUCUUAUCACCACAAUCAUCUACUAGUGUUGGUGUUCCAGGUCCUUCAAUUGCUGCUCAAGGCUCAAGUGGGAACGAUUCUGUUAGCUCUCAAGGUUCAAAUGAAGCUACUACCUCUGCUGGUAAAUAUACACAAAAUAAUGCACCAAGACAUUUGGCAAGAUUAUCAUCUAGACAUGGUAUAUAUAACACUAGCGGAUCUUUGAAAUACAAUUAUGAUUCAUUAGGUAAAGGUGUCACAGCAUAUGUUUUGGAUACUGGUAUUGCAAUUAAGCAUCCAGAUUUUGAAAAUAGAGCUAAAUUAGGAAAGACAUUUGUUAAUGAAUCCGAUGGUGAUAAUGCAGGUCAUGGUACUAAUGUCGCAGGUAUUAUUGGAUCUAAAACAUAUGGUGUUGCUAAAGGUAUUUCCCUCGUUGAUGUUAAAGUCUUGGGAACUAAUGGUGGUUCUGUUGAAUCAAUUUUGAAAGGUAUUGAAUGGGCUACGAAUGAUUUCAAGAAUUCUACAAGUGGUGCUAAAGCUGUUAUCAACUUUUCAAUUCAAGCAGAUAUUAACCAAGCUGUUAAUAAUGCUCUAAAUGCUGCGUAUGAUGAAGGCAUUCCAGUCAUAGCUGCUGCUGGUAAUAAAAACAAAGAUGCCUCGGGUUAUACACCAGGAAGUGCUAAAGAACCUAUAAUUGUUGGUGCAUUAGAUGAUAGAUCUGAUACCAUUGCACUUUUUUCAAAUUGGGGUUCAAGAGUUGAUAUAUUUGCCUCGGGUGUUGGUGUUGAAUCAACAAAUUAUAAAGAUUUCAAUAAUCCAAUUGCUUAUUAUGGUACUUCACAAGCUACACCAAUCAUUACUGGUCUUUCAGCACUAUUAUUAGAACAAGGUACAUCUGCUGGUGAUAUAAAGCAAAAGAUUAUAGAUUUAUCCACUAAGAAUGCCAUUUCUCAAGAAACUUAUGAUGAUAACUCUAAUUAUGAUAACACUGUUAAUAGAGUUGCUUACAACGGUGUUAAUUCCGAUUCCAGUGACAAGAUUUCCAAUCCUUCCACUGCAACUCAAGACUCAACCUUGAAGGACUAUAUUGAAUGA